AUGGGGUACGAAGAUCGACAUAUACCUCAGGAACAAAAUGCUCGAGCUGAUGCACUUUCGAAACUAGCUAGCAUCAAACCAGGGGACAACAAUAGAAGCCUCAUCCAAGAAACACUGGAAAACCUAUCAACCUCGGAAGAAGAGAAGGGCCUAAACAUAACGGACCAAGACCAAGGGUGGAUAACACUCAUAAUUAACUACCUCAAAUCCAAAACACUCCCUGUAGAUAAAAAGGAGGCAAAAAGGCUUAUACGAGAAGCACAAUAUUACACCCUAGUGCACAACGUCCUAUACAGGAGAGGGUUCUCAAUGCCCCUCCUAAAAUGCGUCCCGACUUCCUCCACAAAAGAAGUCCUUGAAGAAGUCCACAGUGGCAUGUGCGGCAACCAUCUCGGGGCACGAGCUCUUUCGAAAAAGUGGAUUGAGGCAGAGCCAUUGGCCGUCGCCACCGCCCAAAGACAUCGGAAGUUCCUAUACAGAAACAUUGUCACAAGGUUUGGAGUCCCCUUCUCUAUCACCACGGACAAUAGUACUCAGUUCACUGACACGGGCUUCAGAAACCUGGUAGCUGAUCUGAAAAUCAAGCACCAGUUCAUCUCAGUGGAACACCCACAAGCCAACGGACAGAAAGAAGCCGCCAACAAAGUCAUAUUGGCUGGGUUAAAACGUAGACUUUAG